GUUCUAUGCUGUUCGAGGCUGAUUGUCUUUCGUUUCCUCUGAGUUAUUUAAAGCAGAUAUCACUUUUGAAGAAUGGGAGACUGGACAUUUCUUGGAAGACUCCUGGAUAAAGUUCAAUCACAGUCUACAGUUAUUGGGAAAAUCUGGCUCACUAUAUUGUUUGUGUUCAGGAUCUUGCUGCUUGGGGCUGGUGCAGAGAAGGUUUGGGGUGAUGAACAGUCUGGCUUUGUUUGCAACACACGCCAACCUGGCUGUGAAAAUGUCUGUUAUGAUAAAGCUUUUCCCAUCUCUCACAUUCGCUUUUGGGUUCUUCAGAUUAUUUUUGUCUCAACCCCUACCUUGAUAUAUCUUGGACAUGCUUUACAUGUAAUCCACAUGGAAAACAAAAGAACAACCAAUGAAACUGAAACCACAUUCAGAAAGGUCAAGAAGACAAAGUACAUUAUAACCCGUGGGAAAGUAAAAAUACGAGGAAUCCUAUUAUUCACCUACUUACUACAAGUUUUAUGUAAAAUUAUAUUUGAAGUUGGUUUCAUUAUGGGUCAAUGGUAUCUAUUUGGAUUCUCUUUGGGUCCUAUUUAUGUAUGUGACAGAGCUCCCUGUCCACAUAAUGUAGACUGCUUUAUUUCACGCCCGACAGAAAAGACUAUCUUCAUUAUUUUCAUGCUGGCUGUGAGUUGUCUGUCACUUGUUCUAAAUGUAACUGAAAUAAUUUACCUAAUUUUCAGACAAAUAGCUGUUUCCACACGUAAGAAGUAUCAUUAUCAAAAUCAUUCCGGUUUUGUCUUAGACCCUACUGAUAAAUCAGUUCUGUCUGAAGAAAUAUCUCCAUCAGGUUCUAAGUUUUUGAAAGGAGAGAAACAAUGCAGUAGCCCAGACCCCAAUUCUCAGAAUAAGUUUAACUAUAGUAUUGAAAAGUCUGUAGAGAAACUGAAGGACGAUCUAGAAAAAACUUCUAAGGAAGAAUAAGAACAUGAUAUUUCUGACACUAGGUAGCUUAAAGAGUGCCAGGAAUGCAAGACAGGAACAAAAGUAGGCAAAGUUAACAAUUAUUGCAUUAUUGUAUUACAUGCAUCAACGUGGUAAAGUAAUUUGCAGUUAAUUAUAGAAAAGCAAUUUCUGCUGGCAGUACAAGAGGGCAAUAGUUCUAUAUGAGUGACUACAGGGCAACUGAACCAAAAUAUACAACUUUGACAACUGGGGCACUUUUUUCCUGACAUCCCUGAAGAUCUCCUAGCAAUAGCAGUUGUCAUUGGAAGUUUUGCCAAAAGUCAUUCAGCACACCUGUGCAUGGAUGUAUCUCAAUGCAACAGCAUUUUUAAAACUGCCUCACUGUUUGCCAAUUGAUAGGUGACAGUGCAUUGUUGCAAUCACAUAGACAAGUGACGAUGACAAUGUAUAUGGAUCACAGAGCUGUAUUUUAGAUCGUGUGUAUGAAUGUAUCGGAAACAAUGCUUGUAGUGAAGUUAUGCUGGAUCUUGAAAUGUAGACGAAGUAUUCUUGUUAUAGGUAUGGUAGAUUAUAAAAUCACAGAAUUUGUCAUGAGAUGCUAUUCCAUAUUGCUAGCCUUAACCAUGACUUAAGGACCUGAAAAUAUUUUCAUUGUUAAUUAGUAUUACUAACUGAACUACUAUAAGCCAAUUGCCUUAAUGUUUCAAAGUUGGAAACUAGAAUAGAGGAUAAAUAAAUGAUUUCUUUA